AGUCAGUAAUCUAGUCUUUUUACUCAGUUUCGCAACCAUGCUUAUCUAAUAUGCACUAAAAUAACGAAUAUUAUAUUAGAAAAUAUAAAUAACUCUUUCGCGAUAAAAGCCCUCGAAUUUUAGAAAAACAAGUCCUCGAUUUUCGAGUAUAUAAACGCACACUUAUCUAACAACACGUCUUCAAAAUGAUCGCCUUCGGUGUUCUAUCGUAUGUGCUUUUCCUACUGUAUCCAAUCGUCGCUCAAAAACCAUGCAUUCAACGCGAACUCACAGACGGUACGGUGUGCGUAUGUAAUUCGACGUACUGUGAUUCGAUACCGGAACUGCUAGAUCAACAAUCUGGUCAGUACCAGCUGUACUUUACCAGUAAGGAACAUCUUGGCUUUCAGUCGAAUAACGAAAGUUUUUCAAAAUCGGGGUUUACUAGCUCUUAUGCAAUAACAAUUCCCAGUGUUACCGCCGUCGGUAGAAAAAUCGAAGGCUUCGGUUGUUCAUUUACCGAUGCCGUGGGAGAAAAUAUAGUUUCACUACCGAAAGCCAUUCAAGAUAAUUUGCUCAACAGCUAUUUUAGCGCCGAUGGGAUUAAUUACUCCUUUGGAAGGGUACCGAUAGGUGGAACAGAUUUUUCCACACGUAGAUAUUCAAACUGCGAUACGCCUGACGAAACUUUAGACAGUUUUGCUUUGCAACCCGAAGAUUUGAAUUAUAAGAUAGCCGCUGUGAAGCUAGCUGAACAGGCUAAAGGAUCUUCUCUUAAACUCUACGCUUCUCCCUGGUCUCCGCCAACAUGGAUGAAGACGAGCAACGAAGUGCUCGGGAACGGGAGUCUCAAAGAGGAGUACUACGAUUUAUGGUCUCAAAUGUUUGUGAAAUUCUUCCAAGCCUACAGAGAACAAGGGGUUGAAUUUUGGGGUGUAUCUACUCAAAACGAACCUUUCACCAGAGUUCCGUACAUUCCAAACUGCGCCUGGGAUUUCGAUUCCAUGAAUAAAUUUGUAUCCGAAAAUCUUGGUCCUGCGAUUAGAAAUUCCGAUUUUAAAGAUUUGAAGAUAAUCCUCUUGGAAGAUAACAGAUCGUGGGGAUGGGAGUUUGUGCCGGCGACACUUUCAAAUCCCGAAGUGAUGAAAUAUGCAGAUGCGAUAGGUAUUCACUGGUACUCGGACAACCCCAGUACCGCUUACCUUUUAGACACAUUUAAUAGCGAUCUUAAAGAUUUGUUUGUAUUUGGAUCGGAGGCUAGUAUCUCGCUGGAUCCAAUAGGAAGCUGGGAAAAUGGCGUUUCGUACAUAAACGACAUAAUCGAGGACCUUAGCCACGAUCUUAUUGCAUGGGUGGAUUGGAACUGCGCAGUAGACACCAAUGGUGGGCCGGGCGGUAGUCUGGCAGCGCCGAUAAUAGUGGACGUUUCUGCCGGAGAAUUCUACAAACAGCCAAUGUUUUACGCGCUAGGACAUUUUUCUAAGUUCGUUAUCCCGGGUUCUUCGCGAUUAGAUAUCAACACGACUCAGGAAUUUGCCGACAAAGGACUCAGUGCGAUCGCUUUCUUGAGGCCAGAUAACAGGAUAGCAAUGAUUAUACACAACGAAUCCAACGAAAAAUUAUCAAUUCAAGUUAACAUAUUGGAGGAAUCGCAGGUUAUUGAUUUGGAGGCGUUGUCGUUUAACACACUGUUGUAUACUAUUUAAGAAUGGAAUUUUCUAGUAAUUGCAAUCAUUAUAAUAAUAAUAAGCUAAAACAAAACUCGUUUAUUAAUCACUCACUCCACCCGUGCCAAAUAAACUCGUGACUCAAAUGCCGUUUACCACACUUGUUACAUAAUACACUAUUUCGUGAAGCAAAUAUGAAUCCAGAACUUCUCAACGCUAUAGAAAACGAAUCGCGAAGCAAAAAAGAAUCAAAUCUUUGGAUGGAAAUGAAACGAGGUCUAAAAUUGGAAAAUUUGGUAAUAGAAGAAUUUAAAAGGAAAACAAAAAAUCUUAUUAUACAUUAUCAUAUAAGUGCGUGUUGUUGAUGAUGUUUAUAAUCAGAAAACACAACUAUCAUUUGCACGGAAAAUAAACAACUAAGUUUGCAGCGCAUCGGGUCAAUGCAUUCCCUACACGGCAUUGGCAUUAUUGGCUUAACAUUAGCCUAAGACAUCCGAGACUCGGUCGAUUCUGGCGUUGGCGCAUGACUGAAAAUUCUUUUAAACAGGAUUGACAGUAUUUGUUCAUUUCUUGUAUAUUAACUGUUUAAAAGCAAUUCUAUAAGAAAAUUAUAGCUUUGGAAUAUAUAGGUACGACUCUAUUAACUUACAAUGAUAUGGCGGAAGGCAAAGCACUGUUAUACCUUCUUUCGAUGCGACUUCCUCGACAAUAAAUUUCGUACGAAAAGGUUUAUAAAAAUUUACAAUUUGCAGUAAGUUCUUUUUCAGCACAUCUUUAUUAAAUUGCUGCUUAUUUAAAGUAAAGCAAUUAUUACUGUUUAUUUUUCGCAUAGAUAUUUUCUUGAGUGGUAGACUUUAACAGACCCAGGAAGAAUAAGAUCUACCACUUGCUGGACGAAGCUUUCAAAAAUAGUCAUGUUUUUAUAAUAUUCUCCAUUCCGUUUUGAUUGAAGUGCUAAUAAGCAACCGCCGACAAAUCCAUUGGAAGAUCAACUACCUGCCACUCUCGCGACCCUUGACAAUCAUAAUCGGUAGAGCAUUAAGAAACAGAGCAUAACAUAUCCAAUUAUACACUAAACCCUGUCGCAAGCCACUUUGGCAGUUUCCAGUGCUUUAUUUGUCUCGGAUUUGGAAUUGAUCGUAUGUUUUCGGUAGAUCCCAGCCACUAAUGAUAUCUCGACGUUGUUAGUUGUCAUAGUCACGUCACACCUUCGAAAAACAAUAGUAUGCAACAAGAUGAUAAACUUGUUGAGUAACUGUUUCGCUGCACUCCACUUAAGUCAAAACAAACUCGUGACUAACGUGUCUUUUAUCAAAGUUGUUCCACCUCAAACUAAUUUCUGUUUUUUGUAAAUACGACUUUAAUAUAUAGCACCUACUUAAAUACGUUAUUAGCUCGCGAACCAGGCAUUCUACUGCAACUAGCUAUUUGUGUGAUUAGUGCAAAAACUGUAUUCUUGUUGCGCUGAGCGCAAUAACAGUAUACGAUACGUGUUGAAUAUAUUUUUCCACAACUAUAAAUUUUUGACCCCUUUAUGCAAACAGCACGACUAUCUUCACAUCCGAUCGCUCCUAAAGUCGUGACCAAAAUACCGAAAACGUUCAAAGUAGCUGGCAACUGUGGUUAACGAAACUUAAAACGUACACGAUUAGAAAAAUAGACUUGGUACAGUAAGGUUAGAAACAGGAGUUUGGUAUGAGUUUCAAUUUUGAGCCAACCUAACUUAGAGGGCGUCGCCAUUAUUAUUGAUUCUAUAAUAUAAAAAUUACUUAAGCCCUCCAAUUUUUCAUGUCGAGACCUAUUUCCACAACACUCUUUAUUGACACUUGCUAGUAUGUACAUACUAAAUUGUGCCACGAAUGUAAAAAGUAACUCUAAUCUUUAUAUGCUGUCAAGAAACUUAGAUAUUCAGUAGAGUUUAAGACCGAAUCUUAACAUAAAAAUACUUAUACAUCGACCGUCUCUUAAAGCAAAUAGUCCAUUUGUUUUGAUUGUAAAAAUGUAUAAUAAAUCGAACUGGAGGAGAUAACUAGUCAAACAAAAUUCAAAUGCACUCUUAAAGACAAAUUGCUACGCCUCGCCUAUUACAAUAUUAAGGAUUUUCUUUCUUGUGAUACCUUUUAAUACAUAUUCAUUGUUUGUUAUUGUUUAUAUAUUUGUUAUUUAUGUAACAAUAUUACUUUUUAUUAUUAUUAUUAAUUAAUUAAUUCAUUAUACUAAAAUAAUUUUAUACUUUCACAUUCGUAUUAUACUGACAAUAUCCAACACUAGUAAAUUAAGUCUUAUGGAAAUAAAGUUAUC